ACACCCCGCCUCCACCAAACGAUCCACCAAUAUGACAUGUUGCGCUGCAGCCGGAUGCCUGUGUGACAAACAGAGCCGUUAGUGUUUAUUUUCAUCCGCUACUUAUUUCUACUUUAACGGCUGGAGCAGAAAAUCGUUGUCCUCAUGAAGUAUGGCCACAGUAAAAAAGGACGACCGACUGACAAGUUCUCAAAGUUUACUGUGCGUCGGUUUUGCCGGGAUUUUUAGCAAAACAGUAACGUCACCUCUGGAAGUCGUGAAGAUUUUGAGUCAAAUAGGAACAUUUCACUGUAAACGCGGAUUCAUCCACAGCUUUGUUUUUAUUUGUCAGAAUGAGGGACUUCGAGCUUUUUGGAAGGGGAAUAUGGUUUCCUGUCUACGGUUGUUCCCCUACAGUGCCAUACAUUUAGCAACUUACAAAAACAUUGUGCACCUUCACAUUGAUGAACAGGGUGAUAUCUCGCAAUGGAGAGCUAUAGUUGCCGGUGGGCUGGCAGGAAUAUCUGCCGCUCUAGCAACAUAUCCAGUGGAGGUGGUUGAAACCAGACUUAUUGCUCAGAAUUGCCAAGAACCAACAUACAGAGGGUUGCUGCAUUCUCUCUCCACCAUCUACAGAAAUGAAGGACUUCAGGCUCUCUACAGAGGCUUUUCACUCACAGUGUUAGGUGCUGUUCCCUUCUCUGUUGGCUGCUAUGCGGUGUAUGUCAAUUUGGACAAGCUGUGGCAGGAGCGUCAUGUUCGCUUCACGUCUUUGCAGAACUUCAUCAAUGGCUGUCUUGCAGCAGGAGUCGCUCAGACUCUCUCCUUCCCCUUUGAAACUGUUAAAAAGAAGAUGCAGGCCCAGAGUCUUCUUUUGCCCCACUGUGGAGGAGUUGAUGUCCAUUUUAAUGGGAUGAUAGACUGCUUCAGACAGAUCAUCAAAAACAAGAGCGUGUUGGCUCUUUGGAGUGGCCUUACAGCCAACCUGGUGAAGAUUGUCCCAUAUUUUGGCCUGCUUUUCAGUUGCUUUGAGAUGUGUAAGCAAGUGUGUCUUUACCGGAAUGGCUACAUCAUUUCUCCACUAAGCUACCAGCCUAAACCAGGCGUGGACCAGAGCCUGGGCCCACAUGAACUGCAGGAGUUUAAGCGCUACCUGAGAAACAGAAAAUCACACAAAGCACAGAGUUCAUCCAUAGGAAACCGCUGGUAACUAAUCCAACAGGAGUUAUCAGUAAUAAAAAAAGAAGUGCAUUGAUUUAAUUUAAUUUAUUUAUAUAGAUACUGAUAACAAGUAUAAGGUGUUUGUACUGCCGGAAGGCACAAUGUAUUAAUUACAGAUGUACAUUCUUUAAGCAAGUCCAUUAUGCACAUUGUACUGUACCUCAAACACAUCAGACUCAAAUGACCUUAAAUGAAAGUAUUGCACCUAAGAGGCGGUAUUAAAGGUGCCCUUUCCUUUCAGCGUUAUGACAUUUAUGGCUUUUAGCUUUAUGCUCCACUGAAAGAGUAUUUUUUUUAAGAACUGCAUAUUGUGGUUAAAUUUUUGUGACCUUAAAUCUGCAUUGUAACGUACUGAUAUAUAUAUAUAUAUCCUGCUGAUCUGGACACGUGGUAACUCUGUCACCGUCUUCGAUUCAGCUGUGAAAAGGAUGAGAUUUGUUAAAGAUGAAAUCUUUAAGCACAUUGUAAAGAAUGUGUAAGUAUAAGCAAUAAACCUAUCUUAGUACAAAUUUUCAA